AUGCAGGUCACCUCUUCCCUUAUCGGAGGCCGCUUUCCGAAAUCCAUGAAGAGGGCGCUCCCCAUCUACAUCGCGGUCGCUCUCAUAUUUAUUCUUUUCCUAUCCAAGACCGACAAUCUCAGUACCCCAUUACGCGCGGGAGAUGUGUUCAAGCGGGUGGUCUCAUAUCAGUCGCCGCUGCUGCAUCAGAAGAAAUACGGCGAAUUCUUCCCCAAGAAGAUUUGGCAGACGUGGAAGACCGAUCCCCUAGAAUUCGAGACGAGAGAUUCCGACCGCGCGCGAAGCUGGACCUCGAAGAAUCCAGGGCAUAGAUACGAAGUCCUCACCGAUGCGAAUAGUCAGGAAUACAUCGAAACCCAUUUUGGGCCCUCGGGCCUCAAUCGCAUGGACGUGGUGUACAUUUACAAAACGCUCAAUGCUACAAUUAUCAAGGCAGAUCUACUGCGGUAUCUGGUCAUGUAUAUCGAGGGAGGAGUUUAUGCGGACAUUGACGUGUCUGCCAUCAAACCGGUCGACGAAUGGAUCACUUCGAAUUUUACGAAAUCGGAUAUUGGGCUCGUUAUCAGCGUGGAAAUUGACGAACCAGACUGGGUGGAACACCCAAUUCUGGGACAAAAAUCCGAAUCCUUCUGCCAAUGGACGUUCAUGGCAAAACCAAGACACCCGGUCAUGCUGCGACUGAUCAACAACGUUCUGAAAUGGCUGGAGGAUAUCGCCAAGAAGCAAAACGUCGGAAUCGCUGAGAUUCAGCUCAACUUUGACGAGGUUUUGACCGGCACAGGCCCUUCUGCAUUCACAUCGGCGGUCAUGGCCGAAAUGUACGCACAAACAGGGGAGACUCAGAAAUGGGAAAAGUUCCACAACAUGACCCAGCGCGGUCCAACGCAGGUCGGCGAUAUUCUAGUACUUACCGUCGAGGCAUUCGCUGCCGGCCAAGGUCACUCCAACUCCAACAACCACGAUCACCCACUCGCUCUCGUCAGACAUCACUACCACGCGUCCCUCUGGCCCUCCCGCCAUCCACGAUACAGCCACCCAGCCUACGGCAUGGUCGAAGAAUGCAACUGGAAACCAGACUGCAUCCACAACUGGGACAAAGAUACGGCCAACUGGGACAACCUCAACGAAGCGGAGAAGAAAGAAGCGAUCAUGCAUCACGAGGAAUGGCUUGCCGAAAAAGACGAAAAGGAGAAGAAAGAGAAAGCCGACCACGAAAAAGAAGACGACGAUAAACGCCGCGAAAAACUCCACGAGGAGUGCGGCAAGUUCAAUUCGGAGGAGGCGGCGAGUAUAGCCUCGGUUGCCGCGACCGCUACGGCGGAUCCCUCGCAGACGAGCAAACCGGCGGAGAAUCAGGCGUCGGCUACGGGUUCGGUGGACGCGAAGUCGACGAAUUUCGUGGAGCUUAAACAGGUGUAA